AUAUGAAACGCCUCUAGAUUACAGUGAUUCCAGAUAGUAUCCGGAGUUUUGCUGGGAGGAGGAUUGUUUCACAGCUACCAGAAAAUGAAGAGCUACUGGCAAGCAAAGAAUCUGUUGUCACAAGAGUCUACGAUUGAAAGCUGAAGUGAUACCACUAUAAUUGGCUUUAACUAGGUCUGUAAACCAGACUACACCUGAGACAAUGCCUCGCGAGAAGAAGGAACCAUUCAUUGACUGGCGAAAGAAUGACACGAGAAUGUGACGUCCACAUGUCUAUGUCAAAGCCUCUACUCCACAUCAGCUAUUAUAGCCAAGCAUUAUCAUGAUUCAUUCAUUUCCAAUCUAUCUAGACACAUAGUUUUUGUUAUUAAAUAAUAAUAAUAUUUUGUGCUAUAUUAAAUCCCAGAAUGCACAUGUAAAGUGUAUCCUUGUUAUUGUAAAGCCUCCAUCAUCAUCAUUCUCUGUCAGAAAUUUUCAAAAGUCAUCUGAGACGCUCUCAGAGCUGGAACAACUAGAGACACACUUUCAGUAGCCAUUUUUAUUUGGAAAAAUUCGUAUACUAGACCGUUACAUCCGAGGCAAUCAUCAUCCCAGCCCAAACGUCCGUUUACGGAGGCGUUUCAUAUCCAUGUAAUUUAUAGUAUCUAUGGUUGAAUCAUGUGAAUCGUAACAAGUCUCACCAGCUACACUAGCACUACUGACAACAACAGCAUGGAGGAGAUAGCUGCAGUGGUGAAUUGUACCCCCACUCCUCAACCACUUCAUCCUGACAUCAGAGCCACUGACAUGAGGUUGAGGCUGCACAGUAAUGUCAUCUACCUUGUGGCAGGCGUGGUGGUACAGGAUGGGAAGGUGUUGCUCAUACAAGAGUGUAAGAUCAGCUUCAAGAACAAGUGGUACCUCCCGGCAGGCAGGAUGGAGCCCGACGAGUCUAUUGUGGAGGCAGUGCAGAGAGAGGUGUUGGAGGAGUCAGGCUACCAGUUCCAACCUGAGGCACUGGUGGCUGUGCAGAGAAUGGACCGCAAGAGAGUGAGAUUUGGACUAGCUGGUUCAAUAAUAGGAGGGAGCUUAAAGACCAAGGAACAAGCUGAUGGGGAGUCAACACAAGCUGCCUGGUUCACUACUGAUACUCAACAGUUGGUCAAGGAGCUCAAGUUACGUAACAACAGUAUCCUACCUCUCAUUGAAGCAGCUACUGAAUGGUUUGCUAAUCGUCCGUACACUGGCUUGCCCGUUGCCGUGGGUCACGUUAGCUCCUCACAGAGAUUGCUGAUAGUGCAAGAUAUCGGGCAAGAGCUGAAGGUGUUGGUGUCCAGGAUAGAGGGUGGGACCACAAGACUCCCCUCAUGUCUCAUACAUAGAGACACUCUAUUCUCAAGGGUGGAUCACAAUAGUACACUGGAUAGUGCUGUCAAGGUGAGCCUUGUGCAUCGUGCAUGUGGAAUGUUCAUACUUUAAACGGUUAGUUAAGGACAUAGAUAUUUGAUUACCCACAAUUUAGCAAAGCAUAUAAUAUUAUAUCACUGAUGAAUAUCAUCCACACACACACACACACACACACACACACACACACACACACACACACACACACACACACACACACACACACACACACACACACACACACACACACACACACACACACACACACACACACACACA